AUGAUUAAGGAUUGUGGGAUGCUUGAAUUUCCUUGUUAUGGGGAUCAACUAUCCUGGCGUGGGAAUAGGUGUAACAAUCAAGUGAUUCGUUGCCGUCUUGACCGGGCUUUGGGUAAUGAAGACUGGCACGCCCUCUAUCCCAAUUCGAAAGUUGAGUAUCUGGAGAUGAUUGGCUCUGAUCAUAGUCCAAUUUUAGCAACUUGUUUGACGGCGGUCGGAGAUGUCAGAGACAAUUCCGGUUUGAUAAACGGUGGUUGGUCUGCUCUGCAUGAUGCGAAGAUGGAUGAUUCGGUUUCGCAGGAAGAUAUUCGGGGGAUUGAGAGAAAGUUGAAAGAGGCAUACCGGGAUGAGGAGAUUUAUUGGCAACAAAAAACGUCGGGUAUGGAACAUAUAGCUACAACAUAUUUUGAGGAUCUGUUUAAGAAUUCCGAUGGUGGAGGUAUUGCUGAAAUGCUACAAGCAAUAGAUCCAAUUGUUACGGAAGGUUACUCCGGAGAUUCGAUCCCAGAUAAAGUCAUCGAUCGAAUGCAGUAUGAGCAUUGGUCGAUGCUGGUUCAAUUCUCUGCGUUUUGA